UGAAAUCCGGUGUAGAUUCCGGCGGCGACACUGACGACUUCGACGAAGUUUCUUGACUACUUCUAGUCACCGUUCUAGUCAAUGCUAGUCAUUACUCUACUCAGGGCAUGACAUUUACAGCAUGGAUUUUCUGAACAUAGUUGUUCUGUACGUGUUGGGUUUCACCAUCUGUUUGCUUCUGUACCUCUUUGCAGACAGUAAUUUUUUAAAACGUGGCCCUAUUGGAAAACUCAGGAAACUGUCUUGGAAGCUGCUGAGACAUAUUGUGCCAUGGAAUUGGAUAGAAGCUUCACUAACACAAGCUCAUAUUUUGCUUAACUCCAGGAACCAGGUCUUCCGUGUACUAUUUGGAACUAUGAUGGUGCUUGGCCACAUUGAAUUCAUUCUUGACAUAGUUCCUAUGCUGUAUCGUUUUGUACCAGAUGAAAACCAUGUGGUCAUUCCAAUAUUUCUUGUCUUCCUGAACUUCUAUUUUUACCAUAAAUGUUGUAUGGAGGACCCUGGGAUCAUUAAUGCCAAGACAGUAGACAGAUAUAAGAAUGUGUAUCCUUACGACGGGAGGAUGUUUAAGUCGGGGGUGACUUGUGUGACGUGUCACCUGGAGAAACCGGCCAGAUCUAAGCACUGCAGUAUUUGUGACAGGUGUGUCCACCGGUUUGACCACCACUGUAUCUGGACCAACAACGAUGUGGGCGGGUUGAACCACGGGAGUUUUGUGCUCUUCCUCCUGUCACAUAUCGCCAUCAUGGUGAAUGGAGUGAGGAUGGCCAGUAGAAGCCUGUACCUGUACACCCAGCACUACAAGCUGAUGCAGACCUCAGUGAUGGCUCCAGACGGAUCCAUGCAGAGCAUCACCUUGACUGUUCUUUUCCAGCAUUUGUUCAUGACGUUUCCAAGAAUUGUUUUUAUGUUGGUUUCCUUCGCACUCCUCAUUCCAAUGGUGGGAACCUUCGCUCUCUAUCACGUGUUCCUCAUUUCCGCCAAUCAGACGACGAACGAGAGAUACAAGCGUGUGUCGGACACAGACUAUAAUCCUGUGGAAAGUGUGAUACUGAAUAAUAGGACAAAAAGCCGAAAAAUUACUAAAACCAGACCUGAUGAAAAAACAAGACGCACAGCAAUAACUUACGAUAGAGGUCUACUGAUAAAUCUUUACGAAGUUUUUUUCACAAAAACAUUCCUAUCGAAUAAUAGAAAACAUAAGUAAAGCAAAGUUAACAUGAUUGUAUGAUAUUUUUAAAAUUGUUAUGAAUAUAUAUUUUGGAUUUUUUACAUUAUUUUUAAGAGGAAAUUAAAGUUUAAAUAUAAAUAGAUAAAAAGCAGGGUUUAUUAAUGAAUGCAUUUAUACUAUAAUAUCGUAUAUGUAUAUAAUGCAGUAUAUGCAAAUGUUGUUUGGUAUUAAAUUCAAACUCACGAAACUCAUGAUGCCUUUAUAGGGAAACCGUAUGAUAAAAAAAUUAUAAUCAUUAUAAUAUAUAUUAUAUUUCAUACACAGAUCAAGAGGGAUGUCGAGGGCUAGACCACCCCCCCCCCCUUUUUUUUUUUUAUAAAUUCAUAAAGUAUGAAUACAAA